GAGUACCGGAAGGGAUUUCUCAUAGGUGCGGAAUCAAAGAUGGCGGAAGAAGAGAAACAUUUAGAAGAAUUUGAGCAAAUAGACUUCCUAAAAGACCGACAUGUGCGGUUUUUCCAGCGAACACUUCAAGUGCUACCGGAAAGAUACGCGUCGUUGGAAACAACAAGAUUAUCUAUAGUAUUUUUUGCCCUGUCUGGUCUCGAUGUCCUGGAAUCCCUUGAUGUAAUUGAUAAGGACCUUAUAAUUGAGUGGAUUUACUCACAGCAAGUUCUGCCCACAGACAACAAGUCAAACCUGGGUCGUUGUGGGUUUCGAGGAUCAUCGCAUAUUGGUAUUCCUUACAGCACUAAGGGUCCAGGUGUGCUCCAUCCCUAUGACAGUGGACAUGUAGCCAUGACGUACACCGGGCUAUGCUCGCUGUUGAUCCUCGGCGAUGAUCUUAGUCGAGUUAACAAGCAGGGCUGUCUGGCUGGUCUCAGAGCUCUGCAGCUGGAGGACGGAAGUUUCUAUUCAGUGCCAGAAGGAAGUGAAAACGACAUUCGGUUCAUCUACUGCGCAGCUUGUAUUUGCUUCAUGCUGGAUGACUGGUCAGGCAUGAACAUUCAAAAGGCCAUCGAGUACAUUCGAGGUAGUUUGUCGUAUGACAAUGGUUUUGGCCAGGGAGCCGGAAGAGAAUCUCAUGGCGGUUGGACAUACUGCGCCAUCGCCUCACUGUGUCUCAUGGGUCGGCUGGAGGAGGCUCUGAGUCCACGGGAACUGGACCGGAUCCGGCGCUGGUGCAUCAUGAGGCAGCAAAGCGGUUUCCAUGGACGACCAAACAAGCCUGUAGACACAUGUUACUCCUUCUGGGUGGGAGCCACUCUAGAGUUGUUGGGUGUUUUUCGAUACACCAACUUUGAAAAGAACAGAAACUUCAUCCUCUCCACACAAGACCGGCUGGUUGGAGGCUUUGCCAAGUGGCCCGAUAGCCAUCCAGAUCCUCUUCAUGCCUACUUUGGGCUGUGCGGUCUGUCUCUGAUUGGAGAGCCCAAUCUGAGGAAGGUCCACCCAGCUCUCAACAUCACCCAGAGGGCCUUUCAGCACCUCCAGCAGCUGCAUCAGACAUGGAGGAACACCACUGACCAGCAGCACUGACAGCAGGCUGACCCGCAGGUUCAUUCAUCAGGAACGUCUGACUUUUUUAUUUUCAGUCCGUUUCAAGAUUCAGAUGGUUUGAGUUUUGAAUGUGUAGACCUCAUUUCCACUUCAUCCAAUCAAGCUUUUGUUUAGCAAUACUCUCUCUAUUGCCUUUUUCAUUAAUAUAUAGUUACAAUAACAAUGUGCAAUGUAUUUUUGGGAACACAACAAUGUGCCAGUUAAUCUGCUUUGAGUCACCCGAGACUUGAAGAAACUCCAGAUGCCUCCAUUUUUACAGAGUUUGAAGAGAAUGGUCUUUUGGAGGUUUCCUGUUCAGAAACGUUGUUACGGUAACCUAAACACUGCUGACGUCCUGACAUCAGUAGAGGACCUAACACUCUUAGAUUUAAGAGUACUGUUUCAAAUUGACUUUUGUGACGGUUAAAACAUAUUUGACUUUUGACCUUUUUUUUCUCUCUCUCUAAUUUUAAUGUUUUAUUGUAAAAGAAAAAGUAUGCACUCUUCUUUUGAAUCUUCGUGUUGCAGCCCUUACUCACAUUUCCAUCCUUUUUGGUGCUUUUUUGUACCAAAAGUAACAAACACGUUUACCUUCUUGAGUUUGUACCUUUUAGUCACAGGAGCAUUUUGCACAGUAAUUAGAACAACUUUUAUGAUUAUUAUUAAAGUUCAGUUAAUAAAAGAGGCUUUAGCUGCUAUUGUGAGAAUCCUUUUAUUCUCAGAUGGAGCAACGUUUCAAAAAAAUUGAAAAGAUCAAUUCUUCCAUUUUGAUUUAUUGUAUUUUCAAAAUAAUUUCUAAGAAAAGCGUUUCAUCUGCAAUGUUAGAAAGUGAACAAAAAUCAUGUAAUUAUGAAUUAAAUCUAAUCAGGUCUUUGCUCCUCUCUUCCCUAAACCCUACAGAGACUGGUUUGCUCAGAAAAUGUUAUUCUGUAUUUUAUUAAGGUAAAUAAUACAAAUUUCUGCCAAAUCAGAAGUGUCAAACAAAUGUCAAUGUUGAUUUGGUUUAUUUCAAGCAAUUUCUGCAAAAAAGAUUAAGACAAAGACAGAUAUAUCAAUCUAUUUAAAAUAUUAAUACAUAAAUGGAUUUGAAAAUAAAAGAAAAUUAUAUAUUCUUGAUACUCCUAAUCAGAAAUGGGCAUAUUUGUACUUGCACUUACAAUACAUGGAAUUCCUUAAAUAUGAUUGUUGAAUAGAUAAAAUAAGGUGUAAUCACACUGACGAUACCACAUAUUUUUAGACACUUGGCUGGAGUUUUGUAUUACUUAUCUUUAGUGAAAUAAUGUGUGCUGAUUUUUUAUUUUUUUCUGUUGGUCAGCACAAGCCAGUAUAAAAUCAGUGGAGCAAAGAUGAGACGAUUCCAUUAUAACUAAAGGAAACGUGUUUCUUUGAAGUGGGCUGCAUGGAGGGGGGUGUGGGGGGUCUAAUCUUUUUUCAGUGCUGAACGGAUGUAAAGCCAGAGAAGAAACAAUAAGGGUCAGGACACACAGGUGGCCUUUUUUCAAUGUGACAUCCCCUCGAAAAUAUUGACCCGUUUACACUUGGUGAAGGAUUUUUUUUUUUUUUUUUUUUUUUUUUUGCCUUUGUUGGUUUUGUACCAUAUGUUUGCUUGCUUUGAAAGCACUUGCUUCUCACUCAGGGGUGAGUCUGUUUUUUUUUUGUACCCUUGACAACAAAAGAUCAAAGUUUUUCAUUUGGAGUGUUCCAUAGUGAAAAAUUGGCUAAACAAUUUGCACCUCUUAAUGUUCUGAUUUCCAGCUUUCAGUCAUAGCCACGCCCAUUUAAAUAUGGCGGCCGUCUGAGCAACCACCCUGCAUAAUAGUACACGACUACAAAAGUCCGUUACCUGCUGGAGUUUGGAUGUAGAAACACAAUUAAAGCUGCCCUCGUCUUCCCUCCCACUGUACGCUCCUCCUUUUCAGAUGCUGCAGACGGAUGAGAAACGGGACGAAAAGCGAAUAAAUAAAUAAUCCAAAUCAUCAAUUAUUGAAAGUAAACUGUGGGUGACUGGAUUUUCCUUUCAAAGCCCAGACCAGAUUCCCAGAGAUUCUUUUGGUGCAAAAUUUGAGCAUAGUGGUUCUUAAAAUAACUUUUAACAAAUGUUUUUGAUGUUUUGCCCUUCUUAUUAUGUUUAUUUCUUGUGUAAAGCUGUAUUUUUUGUUGACUGGAUUGAGCCUCUGACACAAAAGUAAAUGUUUUUGAAUCAUCAUGUUUUUUUUUCUAGUAAAUGGUAAAGAAGACUGAAAGAUUUGCUGCUUUUCUGUAAAGCCAGCUCAGUUUAAGCAGAAUAUUGUGCGUUUUUCGAUGCCACAUUUCUGUCCUUUUGGCCGUGCGCGUCGGCUGACUGACACAGCAGAAGCUCCUUUCAGCUCGCCUCAGUAAUGUGCCUGAUAUCUUUGUUCUGGGUCACUGCUUUCCUGAACGCUUCUGUUCUCUUGAUUUCUCGUCUCACAUCGUGCGCUUCAAUUGGGUUUGGGAUUUUUCUAUGAAAAGCAAUAAAAUUUCAGUGUUACCCAGAAUGCAAAGUGGAAAUCUGUUUCUUAGAUGCAUGUCAACAUCCAUGUGUGAAAGGUUUUUAGCAGUCGAACUGUUUGACAAAAGUCACAUUCUUUUCAUUUUUAAGGGACAGUUCCUUCUGCAGAUGAAAGCUGUGCCUCAGCUGUUCUGCUGUUAUCACAUCCCACUGCAGUUGUUUCAGUCCAACGAGAACACAAGGACACAGCUUGUUUUUGCAGCUGCAGUCAUGAUUAAAGGAGACGAAGCCUCAUCCUUUAUGUAUUUAACUAAAAUCAUACAUAUUGUAAAGAUAUAUCAUGUAACAUUAAGUGUGUUUUUUUCAAUGCUCUGUAAGAAUUUUGAGUGUAGAUAGAUGUAAGUAAAUAAAGAUUAAAACUGUAAAAUAAAGAUUGAAACUGUAAUGAUUCCAGUAAACAGAA